CGGCGAAUGAUGAAUCUAAGUUCUUCCCAUCUGAAUGCCCCCAUAAAUACACCAAACCCAGCACCCACUCCACGCUCCCAACAACUCACUUCGUGCAAUGUGGUGACAGUUGAAUGGUUCCCGUAGAUGUCGCCGGCGCUGACCGGAAUACUUGAUCUGAUUCACUCUCUGAAAUGGAGCAUCAGAAGAGCGGGAGCAAGCUAACCAGAACCCACUCCUCCCUUCUCCGUUCCUCCGUUCACAGCCUCUCUUCCAUCAUCACCCAGCACGAACACGAACACGAACACGAACAACAACUCCUCCUCGAUGUUGACGACCACGAUGACAAGAAUAAGAAGCCCAAGAAACCCCACGUUCAGGCCCAAGCCCAAUCCCAGGCCCAGGCCCAGGCCCAUAGGUCAUCCGCAUAUUCCGCCAUGGCGGUCUUCUUCCUCGGCGCCUGCUCGCUUUUGUUCUACUUCUUCUACCUGGAGGUGUCCUUCUCGGAGAAUUUCCUACUGGCGCUGAUUUUCGUGGCCGUGGCGCUCUACUUCGUCUCCAAAAACAAGGGCCUCAUCCUCAGAUCGUUCUCUCUGGCGAAGCUUUCGUGGGAGGAGAAUGUGAAGCGGCUGGGGUUUUCCAAGGCGGCGGCGGCGGCGAGGCCGGUGCAGUGGUUCAUAGGAGAGCCCGCCGCAACAACAACGAGGAAGAAGGCGGCGGCGGCGGCGAAGAUAGUGAGGGAAGGUGUGGAGUUUUACAGCAAUGGUGAUUUCUACGAGGGGGAGUUUCACAAAGGAAGAAGCAACGGGAGUGGGGUCUACCAUUACUUGGUGAAUGGGAGGUACGAAGGGGAUUGGGUUGAUGGAAGGUACGAUGGAUACGGAAUUGAGAGCUGGGCGAGAGGGAGUCGUUAUAGGGGUCAGUAUAGGCAAGGGUUGAGGCAUGGUUAUGGGGUUUAUAGGUUCUACACUGGGGACUCUUAUUCUGGAGAGUGGUGUAACGGUCAGAGCCAUGGUGUGGGUCUUCAAACUUGCUCCGAUGCUAGCUGUUAUAUUGGUCAGUUUAAGUAUGGCGUCAAGCACGGUGUUGGCUGUUACCAUUUUAGAAAUGGGGAUAGAUAUGCUGGAGAGUAUUUUGGGGACAAGAUACAUGGAUUUGGGGUCUACCACUUUGCCAACGGCCACUGUUAUGAGGGAGCAUGGCACGAGGGUAGUAGGCAAGGUAUUGGCUCGUACACUUUUCGAAAUGGUGACAGAAGAAGUGGUGGAUGGGAUGCUGGCAACCUCAAGCAAUCUCUACCACCACUAUCUGAUGUUGUUCUUCGAGCAGUUCAGGCUGCUAGGAAAACAGCAGAGAAUGCUAUAAACCUUAAACGAGUGGAUGACCAGGUUAACAAAGCAGUAAUAGCUGCGAGCAAGGCUGCCACUGCUGCUAGAGUUGCUGCUGUGAAAGCUGUUCAGAACAGGAUGGAUGGAAAAUUUUGCGACACUGAUGUCUAAGAAUUAGAUGUUAGCUUUUGUUUGGAAUUGUAAUUGUAAAUUUUUUUUUUACUAAUAUUGAGUCCUUGGAAGAUGUCACCCCGGUGAGCAAAAGCUUAUUGGAGGUUGAAAAGAGAGUUAUGCUUGUUUCACCACGCUGUAAUCUGUACAUAAAUCAUGUAUAUCAAUGAAAGAUGAAUUUGCUCAA